AUGAAGUUUGUUGCAUUGGUAUCUGGUGGUAAAGAUUCCUGUUUCAAUAUCAUCCAUUGUUUGAAACAGGGACAUGAACUUGUAGCAAUUGCUAACCUCUAUCCUUCCACUAACGUACAAGAGUUAGAUAGUUUUAUGUUUCAAACCGUUGGAUUUGAUAUUGUAGAACAGUUUACUAAAUGUAUUACCAAUGUACCACUAUUUAGACAGCCCAUCAAAAAAAAUACAUCAAAGAAUGUGAAUCUUAACUACAUUGAAACAGAAGAUGAUGAGAUUGAAGAGUUAUAUACUCUUUUGUUAAAGGUCAAACAAGAUAUACCGGACUUAGAAGCAGUUAGUGUGGGGGCAAUCCUCUCUUCCUAUCAAAGAACCAGAGUUGAGAAUGUCUGUCAGAGAUUGAAUUUGACAGCUCUCAGUUAUCUAUGGCAAAGAUCGCAAGAAGAAUUAAUGAAAGAAAUGUGCCUCAUGUCAAAAAAAGAUGAUGAGCUUAAUGAAACACAGUGUGCGAAGCUGGAUGCUAGAAUAAUCAAAGUUGCAGCUAUUGGAUUGGAUGAGUCCCAUUUAGGUAAGACAUUACCGCAGAUCCUACCUGUGAUGACUAAACUCAAUCGAAUGUACGAUGUCCAUAUUUGUGGGGAAGGAGGAGAGUUUGAAUCGAUGGUUAUUGAUUCGCCAUUUUUUAACGGUGGAUAUCUUGAAUUAGAAGAUGUGAUACGUGACACUAACUGCAACAAUAACGGUGAUGGUGUUUAUAGUGCUAACCUUAAGGUAAAUUUUAAGAAAAGAACGCUCCCUGACACUUACUUGCAGGAUCAAUUAGAGCUUCUGCCUACCCCUUCUACAUUUGAUGAUAAAUGGAACGACCUUUUGGAGGAAGUUAAACUUUGUGACCAGAAUGUAAUACCACAAGAGUGCUCAUUCGAAGAAAACAAUAAAUGUGUUAAUUUUGCAUCUUCAAUCCUUAAGGAUGGUUCAAUUCUAUACAUCUCAAACAUUCAAAGUUCUGAAAGUCAGGGAACAACUGUCGAAGAACAGACCCAUAAUAUAUUUGCCCAGCUUCGUGAUAUACUACAAGAACAUGGGGUUUGUCCGUCCCAGAUUUUGAAUUCAUCGUUGAUUCUUUCAGAUAUGGAGAACUUUGCCAAGGUAAACUCAAUUUACAACCAAUUCUUCGAUACAUCCAGAUGGGGUCCACUUCCGCCAUCGAGAUCGUGUAUAGGUUCAAAGAGAUUAAGCCCUAGGAUCCUUGUUCAACUAUCUGUAAUUGUAAACACAGCCCACAAGGUCGAACAUAUACAGAGAUCUAAAACCAAUAUACCUAUUACUAUUAAUACCGACAAGAAUGGUUUACAUGUUCAAGGCAGGUCUUAUUGGGCGCCUUGCAACAUUGGCCCAUAUUCCCAAGCAAUAUGGAGCAAUAAAGAUAUAAAUCAGGUUACCUAUAUUAGUGGUCAAAUUGCAUUAAACCCAUGUGAUAUGAGUCUAAUUAGUGGUACAGAUCAACCUGGUCAAACUGUACUUUCAUUAAAACAUUUUGAUACAUUGAAGCAAACUACGAAUUCUCCUCAUCAACUCUCUAUGGUCUGUUAUACUGCAAAUAUUGAUAUAAUAGACGUCGUGUGUAAUACAUGGAGAUUAUACUGUUCUGAAAUGGAUAUAAAGUCCGACCGCUGGGUGGAUACUGAAGAGGAUCCUACUGAGUGUUUGAUUAUCGUGAGAGUGUCAGAGUUACCAAGAGGUGCGCUAUGCGAGUGGAGUGGUGUGACUUGCAAAGAAUUAAAGGUUACCAAUGAAUAUGAUUCUGACACAAACAGUGCUGAUUUUGAAGAGAACAAAAAAAGGGAGGCAGAUUUACUAAAUCUUGUAACCAAUGUUGAAGGAUUGUCCAUUACAGAAUCAUUUUGUAGAAAUACUGUGGUGUCGGAAAACAGCGAACGUUCCUUUACCACAGUGUUCUGCAACUCUAGCGAGGAGUUGCGCAUAUUUUUUGAAAAUACAAGGGACUCUUCCAACAUCACUUUGUAUUUUAAUCCAGUGACAUUCAAUGACUAUGAGAAUAUCCAAUCCAGUAAGUAUGCUGCAAAGAUUACAGCCUGCCCUGUAGACCAAGUAUUUGAUUGCUUUGGUGUGGAACACCAAUUUGGUCUCCACAUAACGGCAAAUAUUUGUUAA